AUGGCCACAAUUGCUGGAGUCACAGGGACACAAACUCUCCCAGGCAGCCGGUCUUAUGACGACAACAAAUAUCAAUACGCGACUUCGACGUACGGUGUCGAGCGCGAUCUAAACCCGGCACUCAUCGUGAAGCCGACGACGAAGGAAGACAUCAUUCUUACGCUGAAGUAUGCCAAAGAAAAGGGCGUAGCGGUCGCGAUCAAGACUGGCGGCCAUCAGUAUUCCGGAGCGUCUUCAACCAGUGCUCCCAACAUUCAGCUUGAUCUCGAAGACACAUUCAAGGGACCUGAUGACCGUGCCGUCUUCCGCAAAGAUGGCAAGGCUUAUGUUCGGACGAGUGUGAGCUGGAGUCUCGGCGAAUUCAAUGAAUGGGCGACGAAGAACAAAGUGUUUGUUCCUCAUGGACAAUGCACAGAAGUCCAUCUCGGCGGCCAUGUUCAAUCCGGAGGUUUUGGGCAAUUAGGCCGCAGCUUCGGGUUAUUUGGAGACCACGUCCUAUCCCUUGAGAUCAUUGAUUCCGAUGGGAACUCCAAGGAAAUCACCAAGGCCGACAACCCAGACCUGUUCUGGGCGUUCCUGGGCGGUAGUCCUGGCAACUUUGGCGUGCUAACCCACUUCACGCUUCAAGUACACCAAGAUGAGGACUAUAAUGGGUCGAGAGGGAUGAAGGCCUUGUAUUUCUACGAUACCAAAACCUUGAAGCGUUUGGUAGACAUUCUAGUCGAGAUGUCCGACAAUGAGGACUUCCCGCGCAACUACGACCUAUGCAUCAGUGUCCUAAGCUCAGCCUUCCCCCUCCUCGACCUAUGGCCGGGAUUAGACGAGGUAAUGGCGCGUGAGCACCCCGAAUUAUACGGCAAAAACGGCGUCAUCGCCUGGCCGCGCGCGAUCAUCGUGUACGCGCAAUGGGUGCCGUUCGAGAAAGGCGACAAGUGCGACAUGUCGUGGUUCGAUCGGAUCAAAGAGGGAUCGGACUGGAUCCUAGGGAAGAACGAUGUUGAAGAAAAGCCGAUGUCACAGCUCACGGGCGACUGGAUCUUCCGCAACGUGCGGGAGUUCGAGAAGCCGUAUGUCAAGCGCACCUAUACGACCAACUCACACACGCUCGGCAAGGACGGUUGGGCCGACUGGGUCGUCAAACGCAUUGAUGCCAUAGUCAAGCCCGAGCAUAACCGCUGCUGGCUGUCUGCGCAGCUGCAAUGCUACGGCGGCAAGAACUCCAUGUUCACGCGCAAUGCGGGCAAUGGCACGGCCUACAGCUGGCGAGACACGACUAUGUGCGCUACUAUGGAUUGCUUCCAUAACCCCGAGACCAAGACACGCGCAGAAGACUGGCAAAAGGUAAACGACGAGGAAGCCAUCGGGCCCAAUGGCGUCUUCUCAAAGCAGGACCGUCGCUGGCUCUGGGGCUCGUACGGGGAUUGGAACCUGGACGCAGUGUGGAACACGUACCACGAGGACCAAGCCAAGUACGACAAGCUGCGGCGGAUCCGGAAAGAAGCGGACCCGUACGGCAUCUUCACGCCGAACCCCUUCUGCGUCAAGCGCGCCGAUUGA